AUGGAGAGAGAGCUAAACAAAGGGUACUACAUAUACUUGGAGUCAAGCUCAGGCCGGCAAGGAUCAAAGGCUCAACUUCAGAGCCCCAGUCUGAGUCUGAACAGGGGUCAGACUAAAUGCCUAAGCCUCUGGUAUCACAUGUAUGGACCAAAUGUCGGGUACCUGAAUGUUUACUACAAGCGGAAUGGCAAUCUCAGGACCCCAAUCUGGAGAAGGAAUGGCAACAAUGGUCCCCAGUGGAAGCAUGCACUCAUUAACAUUAGAGUCAACAAUAAUAACAGAAAUGGAAAGAUUGUUAUUGAGGCAACAAGAGGAAAUGGUGGGAGGGGUGACAUUAGUGUUGAUGACAUUCAAGUCACAGAUGGUCCCUGUAGCCAACAAGGUCAGACAACAGCUACCCCCGGAGGAACCCCCAGUCCUUCAUCUGUCACUUGCAACUUUGAGUCGUCCAAUCUCUGUGAGUGGAAGAAUGACAAAACGGACAACUUUGACUGGGUCUGGAAAAGUGGGUCAACUGCCACGGCCAACACUGGUCCUACCAAUGACCACACCACUAACACCGCAUCAGGACACUACGUCUACAUUGAGGCAAAUGGACAUCGUCAGGGCACAAAAGCUCGUCUGAUUGCACCGUCCUACAGUGGAAGGUACUCCACAUGCUUCCAGUUCUAUUACAACAUGCAUGGUCAGAACAUAGGUACUCUGAGUGUGUACAAGAAGACCUCUGGGGGGCUGGGAAGUCCUAUCUGGAGCUUGAGUGGGGACCAGGGGACAGGAUGGCAGUUUGGACAAGUCUCCAUACCCAGAGGAACCGCUUACAGUGUUGUGUUUGAGGCAAGUAAAGGAUCAGGAAAUCAAGGAGAUAUAGCUGUGGAUGAUCCCAAGAUGUUCACUGGAUCUUGUCCAAAAAGAGGUGCAUGUAACUUUGAGAAGGACUUUUGUGGGUGGAGCAACAGUGUUACCGACCAGUUUGAUUGGAUAAGACACAAGGGGUCGACAAGUUCCCAAGGAACAGGGCCCACAAAUGACCACACCCUGGGAAGCAGGGGGACUGGAUAUUACAUUUACAUCGAGGCCAGUAGUCCCAGGGCACCAGGAGAUGCAGCGCAGAUCGUCAGUGAAGUGUUCCCUCCCUCACAGCGCACAUACUGCAUACAGUUUUGGUACAACAUGAAUGGGAAUGCCAUUGGUACCCUUACAGUGUACGCUGUUGCUAAUGGCAUCCAGACCCCACUAUGGCAGUUAUCUGGACAGCAGUCUGGGCAGUGGAACUUUGGGAGAGUCUCUGUUAUGAGUCCCAAGUCUAAUUUCAAGUUCAUCAUUGAAGGAUUGCGUGGAUCAGGAAUACAGGGGGACAUUGCUUUAGAUGAUAUCAGUGUCACUCAGUCCAGAUGUGCAAGACAGCCAUCAAAUGCUCGACCUGUCUCCCAAACUACCACUACAACACCAAUGACCACAACAGUAAGGACAAGUUCAGGCCGAACCACGGCCACAGCCAAUCCAUCAUCUAUAUCCUGUACAUUUGAGGGAGGUUUCUGUGGAUGGACACAGGUGAGGUCCCCCACAGAUGAUUUUGAUUGGACUAGAAUGAGAGGUGCAACAAGCUCCACUUUCACAGGACCAAGAGGAGACCACACAUCAGGAAAGGGCUUCUACAUUUACACUGAGGCAUCUAACAGACAUGUUAAUGAAACGGCUCAGAUCAAAUCCCCAGCAGUAACGCCUUCUUCCAGUGGAAACACUCGGUGCCUGUCCUUCUGGUAUAGUAUGUAUGGGUCCAGCAUUGGAACCUUAAAUCUUUACACCCAGACUCAGUCAAUACUGGGAACUCCUAUCUGGACACGCAAAGGAAAUAAGGGCAACCGCUGGAGACAAGCUCGUGUAACUGUUAACGUGGCAGUGCAGUAUAAUUUUGUAUUUGAAGGAAGAUUGGGAAAUGGAAUUAGAGGGGACAUUGCUCUAGAUGACAUAUCUCUGACAAAUGGUGGAUGUUCAGGACAAACACAGGCCCCUGGAGUGUCCACUACCCCUGCCACCACGGGGGCUGUAAGAACCUGCGGAUUUGAAUCGAGUAGAAUCUGUGGAUACAGCCAGGACAGAACUGACAAAUUUAACUGGUCAUGGAAAUCAGGAAGUACAUCAACCACAGGAACUGGACCAGCAAACGACCACACCUAUGGCACCUCUAGAGGUCACUAUGUUUACAUUGAGACAUCAGCCCCUCGCCGUCCUAACGACACAGCCCGCCUCCUAUCCCCCAGCUAUACAGACCGAUCAGACAUGUGUGUUCAGUUCUACUACCAUAUGCUGGGGAAUGGAGUGGGAACACUCAAUGUCUAUGCAAAGGUGGGAUCCAGUUUAGGUAGUCCACUAUUCACCCUUAAGGGAAAUCAAGGAAAUAGCUGGACCCAGGGACAGAUGAGCGUACCCCAGAGUACAGCUUCCCAAGGAUAUAAGGUCGUGUUUGAAGGAAUAAGGGGAACUAACUACAGAGGAGACAUAGCCAUUGAUGAUGUGUCAUUCACAAAAGGAACUUGUACUACAGGAACCUGUGAUUUUGAAUCUGAUCUAUGCAGCUGGAAUAACCCAGCGAGUGGUGAUGAUUUUGAUUGGGUCAGAGAUCAGGGAGGUACUACGACCACGGGCACAGGACCGACAGCUGACCACACCCUGGGAACUCGACAAGGACAUUACAUAUACAUUGAGACUUCCGCCCCACGUCAGCCGGGAGACAUUGCCUGGCUAGUCAGUAACACCAUGCCUGCUACUACUGCUGGCUGUAUCAACUUCUGGUACAACAUGAAGGGAGCAGCUAUAGACACACUCACCGUGUACCUGAAAAUACCAGGUGGUGGAAAUCGGACCCUGUGGGUUCUGCAAGGUAACCAGGGUAAUCAGUGGCUAAACGGACAGGCCCCCAUCUCAUCCACACAGAACUAUAAGAUUGUAUUCGAGGGACGCAGAGGACGGAGUUACACAGGGGACAUAGCACUGGAUGACAUCAGCUUCUCCAACCAAAACUGUGGUUUGCAACCUUCUAAGGCCAGCCCACCCCAAGUGACAGGAACUACACCCAUGACUACAACUGUUGCCCCUAACAAUGGACCAUUUAACUGUCAAUUCACCGCUGGUCUGUGUGGAUGGACCCAGAGCACCACGGACGACUUUAACUGGACACGUAACAGAGGACCCACCGUCAGCUCUGGAACUGGACCUCCUAGUGACCACACCGGGGGGGGCUACUACAUUUAUACUGAGGCUAGCGCCCCAGCUAAGCCAGGACACAAGGCACAGCUUAUCAGUCCCAAUGUCCAGCCUCCAAGCCAGGGCCAAAUGUGUCUCAAAUUCUGGUACUACAUGUAUGGACGAAAUGUUGACAACCUGAAUGUAUAUGUACAGGCUGGUCUGGUGAUGCCCUCUCAACCAAUCUGGAAGAGAAGAGGAACACAGGGCAGACAAUGGAAUUUAGCCUCCGUGGACAUCAAUGCCAAGAGUGUCUUUAAUGUUAUUCUAGAGGGCACAAGAGGAGCUGGGUAUUUGGGUGAUAUUGCUGUUGAUGACAUUUCAAUAGCUAAUGGAACAUGUUCACAAGGAACAACUCCCUCCCCCACUACCGGACUCAGCAGCUGCACCUUUGAGGACAAUAAAUAUUGUGGCUUUGUACAGGACACGACAGACAGAUUUAACUGGCGGUGGGGCAGUGGUCGGUCCUCCUCCACUAACACAGGGCCCCUCAGUGACCACACCUAUAAAACAGCAGCUGGACAUUACAUGUUCACUCAAGGUUCCUCUCAGCCCCGGGGCCGUAAAGCUCGCCUGAUCAGCCCUAUCUACCUGGCUAAUGCUCAGCCAGUGUGUGUCAAGUUCUGGUACAACAUGUACGGGACCGGUGUAGGAACACUCAAUGUGUACAAGAAGGCCAGCGGUGUGUUAGGAAGACCUAUCUGGCAAUUGUCAGGGUCACAAAGUAGAGACUGGAGGGAAGCUUCUGUAACCAUUCCGUCUGGGUCAGCAUACAGAGUGGUGUUUGAGGUAGUGAAUGGAAACAGACGAGGGGACAUUGCUAUAGACGACUACUCCGUGACACCUGGAUCAUGUGGAAUCCGAGGAAACUGUAAUUUUGACAAUGGAUUUUGCACCUACACCAAUGAUCAUGCCUAUGAUACCUUUGACUGGACACUGGGUCAUGGGUCCACUGCCAGUACUAAUACUGGUCCCACAAACGACCACACCCAGGGAAAUUCUAAAGGUCAAUAUCUCUAUAUUGAGGCAUCAAGACCCAGGCGCCCAGGAGACAAAGCUACUCUCAACAGCGAGAUGCUGAGCUACACUGGCCACCAGUGUAUGACAUUCUGGUAUCACAUGCAUGGCACUAACAUUGGAAUGCUAAGAAUCUGGAUCCUCCCCAAUGGAACAGUGAAUCCCAUUCCAUUGUGGGAGCUACAGGGUGAACAAGGAACUCAGUGGAAACAAGGACAGAUCGCAUUGCCCAAACAGACUGGAACAUUUAUGAUGCUGAUUAAGGGAACUGUUGGUAAUGGAGUUUUUGGAGACAUUGCAAUCGAUGACAUUUCCUUUUCUUCAAAUGCUGGAUGUUCACGUAUGCCAAGCAAUGCAGUCCCCACGGUGACUCAGAAACCAACCACAGUGAGCACCACCCAGACUACCAGCACCACACCAUCAACCACCACCACCGCUGCCGCCACCACUGCCAAACCUACAGGAGGAAACAGCUUUGCCUGUGAUUUUACCUACGACUCUUGUGGGUGGACUCAGGACAAAUCGGACAAUUUUGAUUGGACAAGGAAGAAUGGAACAACAUCGUCAGUUAAUACUGGACCAAGUGGAGAUCACACAACAGGAAAGGGCUAUUACUAUUACGUGGAGGCCUCCGCCCCUCAGACCGCUGGUAUGAAGGCCCGCUUUGUAAGUCCUACCGUCCAGUUGUCCGCAGGAAGUCAAAAGUGUUUCACCUUCUACUACAGCAUGUACGGAGAUCAUGUUGACAAUUUGAACAUUUAUGUGAAAAAGGGGAGUGCACUAGGAUCAGCUGUUUGGACCAGAAAGGGUAACCAAGGAAGCCAGUGGAAGCAGGGUCAAGUCACCAUUAAUGGGCCUGGGCCCCUCAAAGUGGUCCUUGAAGGCACGAAAGGCACAGGUUAUAGAGGUGACAUUGGUAUUGACGAUGUCAACAUAACAACAGGAGCCUGCAGUGGGCAGAAUUUAAAUACCACAGCCAACCCAAACACCGCAACAACAAUUGCCCAGUUGAGCUGUAACUUUGAGUCUCAGUCUAUCUGUAACUACCACCAACUGCCCUCAGGGCUUCAGUGGAAGUGGCAGAAAGGUGGCACGCCAUCCGCCAACACUGGACCCUCAGCUGACCACACCACAGGGACCGCCACAGGUCAUUACAUGUAUAUUGAGGCCACUGGAGUAAGAAACCAAGUGGCUCAGUUGUAUUCCUUACAAGAGACACAAACUGGACCCGCCUGUAUAAGCUUCUGGUUCCAUAUGUAUGGACAGAAUAUUGGAACUCUGAAUGUCUACACCAGACAGGGAAAUAAUGGCAGUCCGGUGUGGAGCCGCCAACGAAAUCAGGGCAACAAAUGGAACCUGGCUCAAAUCUCCAUCAACCCCUCAAGUCCAUACACACUGGUGUUUGAAGCAAAGCAUGGUACUGGUUACCAAGGAGAUAUUGCGAUUGAUGACAUUGUAGCCAAACCAGGAAGAUGUGGAGACCCAGGCGCUUGCAGCUUUGAUCAGCGAAAUUUCUGCACUUGGCAGAAUGUCAGAGGAACGGAUGAUUUUGAUUGGUCGAUUCAUGGUGGGGGUACACCAUCAAGAGGUACUGGGCCCUCCUCAGAUCACACCCUCAGGAACAAUAAAGGACUAUACGCCUACAUAGAGACCAGUGCCCCGAGGAGACGAGGGCAGAAGGCUCAGCUGAUUAGUGCCUCCCAGGCCCCCACUGGAAUCUCCGGCAAGUGCUUCAAGUUCUGGUAUCACAUGUAUGGAAGAACCAUGGGAACACUGAACGUGUACUCCUCUAAAAAUGUCUCCUCUAACACCUUACUGUGGACUCUCAGUGGAAAUCAAGGAAACCGAUGGAACUCUGCUCAGUUAUCUGUUUCCAGUACCCAGAGCUUCAAUCUGAUCAUUGAGGGGAUAGUUGGUAGCUCUGUAUAUGGUGACAUAGCUAUAGAUGAUCUGUCUUUCUCUAACGGAGCCUGCGGAUUGUCCCCAGCAAAGGCUCGACCAAGUUCUGUCACCACGACAACAAUACCCCCCACUACUACUCGGCUUGUCACUGCAACCUCAACUGUGGGAGCUUUCAACUGUAACUUUGAGAGUAACUUGUGUGGUUGGACUCAAGGCAAGGGAAGGGACACUUUUGACUGGACCAGACAUAGAGGGGCAACUACGUCAACCAACACUGGCCCCCCAAGAGAUCACACCUCGGGAAGGGGCUACUAUGUAUACAUUGAGGCCUCAGCUCCCCGACGCCCUAAUGACACCGCCCAGCUGGUCAGCCCUGCUGUGUCAGCCUCUAGCAACCCCCGCUGUCUCACCUUCUGGUACUUUAUGUAUGGAGCCCAUGUUAACCGGCUGAAUGUGUACAUACCCGCUGGAGCUAAUUUAGGUACACCUAUCUGGACUCGGAGAGGAACACAGGGAAAUAGCUGGAAGCAGGCCCAAGUCACCAUCAACAAAAACAAACAGUUCAAUGUCAUCUUUGAGGGUGUACGUGGUACUGGUGUCUUUGGAGACAUAGCUGUAGAUGACAUUUCUCUGGCUUCAGGGGCCUGUGGAGGUUCUACAGCAGCUCCAGGGACCCUGCCUACCAAGUGUACCUUUGAGGAUGUCUACAUUUGUAACUACAUACAGGACCUGACCGAUAACUUUAACUGGACCCGCCAGGCUGGAUCCACCACUAGCAGUAACACAGGUCCCUCCGCUGACCACACCUAUGGUACACCCAACGGUCACUACAUGUACAUCGAGGCCUCGUCCCCUGUCCGACCCGGUCAGAAGGCCAGACUGUUAACUCCUGUGUAUCCCUCAGUCCAUCAGGAUCAGUGCUUACAGUUCUACUACCACAUGUAUGGAAGUCAGAUAGGCACACUCAAUGUUAAGUUGAUAUUACCUACAAACAAUGCUGUGGGAGCAAGCAUUUGGACCAAGUCUGGGAAUCAAGGAAACAAGUGGAAUGUUGCUCAAGUAACUCUGCAGAACAUCGCGAUAAACACACCCACCUAUCAGGUAGCCUUUGAGGGAGUAAGAGGAAGGGGAUACCUUAGUGACAUCGCUAUUGAUGAUGUUUCCAUUGUCAAUGGAUCGUGUCAAGCCCCAGGGAGCUGUGACUUUGAGAAAGGUUGCUGUACGUGGACAGAGGCUCAGUCUGGUGAUGACUUUGAUUGGAAACAGGGGUCAGGUCGUACAACCUCUUGGGGGACAGGCCCCAGCAACGACCACACCUUACAGAACACUAACGGUCACUAUUUGUACCUUGAGGCUUCUUCUCCAAGAACACAAGGAGACAAAUGUUGGUUGGUUAGUCCUCGGUUCUCAGCCAAUCAAAACAACUGCUUCCAAUUCUGGUACAACAUGAAUGGACGCAGCAUUGGUACACUCAAUGUGUACAUCCUGUAUCCUGACGCAGGCACCAAUAACACUGUGUGGUCGAUCAGCGGAGAUCAAGGAGACAAGUGGCUUCAAGGACAGGUGCCCAUCAGUGCAAGGACAACAUAUCAGGUUGUGGUGGAGGGAGUAAGGGGAAAUGGAUUUGCUGGAGACAUUGCUAUUGAUGAUGUUUCAUUCUCUUCAUCAACCUGUGGUAUCAGUCCACCAAGUGCGACCCCACCAGGAGGGAACAAUGUUACAACUACACCAGUUACCACCGUGGCCUCAACAACACCAGCUCAAGGUCAGCUUGACUGUGACUUCACUAAUGGACCGUGUUUUUGGACACAAGACAAAACGGACCAAUUUGAUUGGACAAGAAAGAGAGGCUCCACAGCCACUGUAAACACUGGACCACCGUCUGACCACACACAAAAAACAUCAGCUGGUUAUUACUACUACAUUGAGACAUCAGCUCCUCGUCGCCCCGGGGACAAGGCUCGCUUCAUCAGUCCUCAGAUCACACUCUCACAGCCAGACAGUAAAAAGUGUUUCUCCUUCUGGUAUUACAUGUACGGGGAUCACGUGGACCACCUCAAUGUCUAUAUGAACUCUGGUAACGGCCUAGGACAGCCGGUCUUCACAAAACAAGGAACGCAAGGACAAAAAUGGAUUCAAGCCUCCGUAACUCUGUCUCCAAAAGUUCCAUUCCAGAUGGUGAUUGAGGGAGUUGUUGGGAGAAGUUAUCGUGGUGAUAUUGCCAUUGAUGAUGUUACUAUGACAGAUGGAAUUUGCUCUUCUCAACCGAAUAGUCCUCUGAAUUGUAACUUUGAACAAGCUGACCUGUGUAAUUACCAGAACAUCCAUGACAACAACACAGAUGUAUUUGAUUGGUUCAAAGCCUCCGGUACCACAGGAUCACAGGGGACUGGACCCAGUAGCGACCACACAUACGGAACAGCUGCGGGUCAUUAUAUUUACAUUGAGGCCUCAGCCCCACGUAAACCAGGAGACAAUGCCAUGUUGACGUCUGGCAUAAACCGCUCUCCUACCUCUGAUCAGUGCUUUGAGUUCUGGUACAAUAUGUAUGGGGUGGAGACAGGAACACUAAAUCUGUACAUCAAAUAUGGCGGCACCCUGGGAAGCCCUGUCUGGACAAAACAAGGAGACCAGGGCCAGCGCUGGAUUCGUGGCCAGUUUGGGAUCAAGGCCAACAGUCAGCCGUUCAAUAUCGUGUUUGAAGGAAUUCGGGGACCUGGCUACAGAGGGGACAUAGCUCUAGACGACUUUAAAAUCAAAAAUGGACUCUGUAGCACAAUGAAUUCAGGUAACUGUGAUUUUGAGAUUGACAAGUGCAGCUGGUCGGAUGUACACUCAGGGGAUGAUUUUGAUUGGUUGUCUGGUAGUGGCUCCACCACUAGUGCCUCCACAGGACCAAGAAGUGACCACACCACGGGCAAUGCUACAGGCAAGUACCUGUUCAUUGAGACCUCAGCACCACGUAGUCCUGGAGAUAAAGCUAUCCUUCAGAGCGCCACCUUCCCUUCCACCACCGGACAAUGUAUGCAGUUCUGGUACAACAUGAAUGGGGCCACCAUAGGGUCCCUUUAUGUCAGUGUCCUAAGUCAGGGCUCCAGCACCCCCACAAAAAUCUGGGAACUGUCUGGUGCCCAGGGGAGUCAGUGGAAACAGGGCCAAGUUAAUAUUGUCAGUAACAGUCCGUACAAGCUACUGAUCACGGGAGUGAGAGGCAAUAGUUACACAGGAGACAUUGCUAUAGAUGACAUCUACUUUGACUUCUCUAUUCCCUGUACCCUGACCCCCCCUAAUGCCGACCCCUCAGGUUACACCACGACCAUGGCCACCACACAAGGAUUGUCAGUUACUGCCAUUCCAGCUGGCUUCCCUUGUAACUUUGACUCGGACACUUGUGGCUGGACCCAGGACAAGACAGAUAACUUUGACUGGAGACGCCAGAGAGGGACCACUGGUAGCCGAGGCACAGGUCCAACAACUGAUCACACCACAAAAAAUGGUUACUACAUGUACAUUGAGACAUCAGCCCCCCGUCGCCCUGGUGACAAAGCCCGCCUUAUUAGUCCCCCGAUCAAUGGUAACUAUGCCCAGUGUGUCAGCUUCUACUAUCACAUGUAUGGUCCUCAUGUCAAGGCUCUGAAUGUUUACCUGGCUAGUGGAAACUCCUCCCUGGGAACUCCAGUUUGGACCAGACAGGGAACACAAGCCAAUGCCUGGAGGCAGGGACAGUUACAGAUAUCAGGAGGCUCCCUUACUCAAGGAGUCACUAAUGUGGUCUUUGAGGGUGUUCGAGGCAUCAGUUAUCUUGGAGAUAUUGCUAUUGAUGAUGUCUCACUCACAGCUGGAAGUUGCUCACAAGUUACUCCAUCUCCAAGUCCUGGUUCCACAGUUUCAAUCAUUAACUGUAACUUUGAAAAUGCCAACAUCUGUAACUACACACAAGACACGACUGAUCGCUUCAACUGGACUCGUAAAACUAGAACCACUAACUCCAGGUUCACUGGACCAACAAAUGAUCACACCUAUGGCACAUCAGCAGGACAUUACAUGUACAUCGAGACCUCAGCUCCCCGUCGUAGAGGAGAUGCAGCCCGAUUGUGGACCCCCAAAUUUAACCCCAAGGCCGGUCAGUGUAUCUCCUUCUGGUACCACAUGUAUGGCAGGACCAUGGGCACACUCAAUGUGUAUGCUGCAGAUCAGACAUCAGCUAGCCCUGUCAUUGGCUCCCCGAUCUGGUCACUGUCUGGUAACCAAGGAAACGCCUGGAUGCAGGAAUACGUCAGCCUACCAACUCCCACAGUGGCCAGUGUUGUGUUUGAAGGAGUAGUAGGAAAUGGUUACCUGGGAGAUAUUGCUAUUGAUGAUGUCAAACUUGUGUCCAGCUGCCCAAAUCCAGGGGAUUGUAAUUUUGAGAACAGUUUCUGUGGCUGGAGGAACAGUAAGACAGACAACUAUGACUGGGUCCUGAUGAAGGGAAGCUACUCCGGGUCUUCUCCACAUCCAUCUGGGGAUCACACUUAUGGAAGAGGAAAUGGUACCUAUCUCUAUAUCAAUGGAGGCCUGACCCUCCCCAAGGGAAGUCUUGCCCAGAUUGUGUCCCCCACUCUAUCAGCCACAAGUUCUAGUGGGGCAUGUAUGAGUUUCUGGUACCUCAUAUCUGGAUCGAACACAGGAACAAUCAAUGCUUAUGUACAACAAGGUAACAAAACAACUGCCUUGUGGACUAUAACCUACUCUCGAACCUCUCAGUGGAGUCAGGGUCAGUUCCCCAUCAGCAGUAGUACCCCUUACAGAAUCAUCAUGGAGGGAGUAUUUGGGGCCACCAGAAGGGGAUUCAUGGUAGUUGAUGAUUUUACUGUCACCAGUGGAACUUGUAGAACAAACCCACCUGAUGCCAUGUCUGGUUCCACCCUGGCACCAUCUCAGACUACCGCCACCACCACACCAGGGCCCACACAAGUGCCCUCUCAGUGGGACUGUACCUUUGAGUCAGGGUUGUGUUCCUGGACUCAGGCUAAGGACGACCAAUUUGAUUGGACGAGAGGUAGAGGAAGUACGGGAACGGCCGGCACUGGGCCCUCCAAUGACCACACAACAGGAAAUGGUUAUUAUGUUUACAUUGAAACAUCCCUACCUCGUCAUGUCAAUGACACAGCCAGACUGAUCAGUCAACCAAUCAACCAGAACUCCACCAUGUGUCUGAACUUCUGGUACCACAUGUACGGUACCCACAUACGAACCCUCAAUGUCUACCUGAAGUCAGGUGGUUCCCUGGGAACCGCUGUGUGGAGUCGGACCGGGACCCGUAGCAAUCAGUGGUACUCAGCCUCGGUGGACGUACAGGGCUCCUCGUCCUAUCAGAUCGUGUUUGAGGGAGUGAGGGGGACCAGCUACAGAGGAGAUAUUGCUCUAGAUGACAUCACUGUAUCGAUGGGAUCAUGUUCUGGAACCACCUCUGCUGGUUUGUGUACAUUUGAGGACAGAACUUACUGCGGCUACAGACAAGACAGUGCUGAUGACUUCCAGUGGACGUGGACCAGUAGACGUACAGCUUCUAGUGGCACCGGGCCCACUAAUGACCACACUUAUGGAACCUCCUCAGGGCACUACUUUUACACUGAGUCGUCCAGCCCCAGAAGACCCAGACAGAAGGCCCGUCUUAUCAGCUCAGAUAAUCCAGCUACCCCCGGCUCCUGUGUCAGUUUCUGGUACCACAUGUAUGGAAACACCAUGGGAACACUCAACGUGUACGCCAGGUCUGGUAAUGUGCUGGGUAACACCAUCUGGACCAAAACAGGAAACCAGGGAAAUAAAUGGUUAAAAGCACAGGUCUCUGUCAUACAACAGGCAACAUGGCAGGUUGUUUUUGAGGGCAUCAUAGGAAAUGGUUACCAGAGCGACAUAGCCAUUGAUGAUGUCCAGGUUUCCAGUGGAUCCUGUGGAAACCCAGGGGACUGUAACUUUGAAAAGGACACUUGCACUUGGAGAAACACAAACCAAGGAGAUAAUUUUGAUUGGCUGAGAAAACAGGGCCAGACCACUAGCCAGUUCACAGGGCCACAGAAUGAUCACACCCAACAAAACAACCAAGGGUACUACAUGUUCAUUGAGACCUCCAAUCCCCGAGUAGCAGGGGACAAAGCCUGGUUGGUGAGCCCUCAGUUUAACCCCUCCUCUGCUGGAUGUAUGUCAUUCUGGUACCACAUGUUUGGCAAUGGGGUCGGAAGUCUGAAUGUGUAUGUAAAUGGCAGUAACAAUGUUUUGUCCUGGACUUUGUCUGGUAACCAAGGCAAUCAGUGGAAUCAAGGACAGCUGCCUAUUCCCAAACAGACCAGCCCCUAUACGGUUGUAAUAGAAGGAGUUCGAGGGACCAACUACAGAGGAGACAUUGCAAUAGAUGACAUCACCUUUACAAACACAUUAUGUGGAGUAAUCCCAUCACAAGCUGGCAAUACUACCAGUACUACUGCAGCUCCUGCUACAACGACCCCUCCACCAUUCGUGUCUCAGUCUCAGUAUGAUUGUGAUUUUGAGACUAACCUGUGUACCUGGCAACAAGACAAGACUGAUGUAUUUGACUGGACGAGAGCUCAGGGACCCACAGGUUCCGUCAACACCGGACCAACCAAUGACCACACAAAACAGAAUGCACAAGGAUGGUAUGUUUUCAUUGAGUCGUCCUCCCCUCGACGCCUGAAUGACAGCGCUCGACUUUUGUCAGCUUCUGUACCUGCCAACAACCAGUACUGUCUACAGUUCUACUACCACAUGUAUGGAGCCAACAUCAACAGCCUCAAUGUUUACCUCAAGAAAAAUGGACAACUGGGAAAUGCAGUUUGGACCAAGCAUGGAACACAAGGAAACAAAUGGAAUAAGGGACAGCUCCCGAUACCAGCUCAGACAACUUCAUUCAACAUCGCUUUUGAGGCUCUGGUGGGAACAGGAUACCGUGGAGACAUUGGACUUGAUGACAUCAAAUUAAUCACAGGAGCUUGUUCUUCAGCAGGUGGAAUCCAGUGUUCCUUUGAAAGCCCCAGCCUGUGUGGCUGGACCCAGGACAAAACUGACCAAUUUGAUUGGACGCCAAAAGCAGGUCACACUACCUCUACUGGUACAGGACCCUCAGCUGACCACACCACAGGAACUGCCACUGGUAAAUAUAUCUACAUUGAGACCAGCGCUCCCCGUCGUCGUGGAGACAAGGCCCGUAUUCUCAGCCCCGCGGUGGCUGGAGGGUCCGCCACAUGCUUCCAGUUCUACUACCACAUGUAUGGACCACACAUUGGAACUCUGAACGUGUUUGUUAAGUCCACUGCUCUCAACGGAACGCAGGUCGUCUGGACAAAAUCUCUGAACCAAGGCAACAAGUGGGUCUUUGGUGAGGUGACCAUUGACCAGGCCUUCACCAAUUACCAGGUUGGCUUUGAGGGAAUAGUUGGUAGAGGAUAUGCUGGAGACAUUGCUGUUGAUGAUGUUAAAACUCUACCACAACCCUGUGGCAGCUCUCAAGGAUCUUGUGACUUUGAGGGAACUUGUUCUUGGACAAAUGCACAGACAGGAGAUCAAUUUGAUUGGCUGAAAGGUCAAGGGGGAACAACAAGUCAACAAACUGGACCAAGCAAUGACCACACACUUGGAAACUCGAAAGGACACUACCUGUUUAUUGAGUCCUCGGCCCCACGCAGACCAAACGACAAAGCCCGACUGGUCAGUCCAGUAUUCCAGGCUACAGCCACCAAGUGUCUUAACUUUUGGUACAGUAUGUAUGGGUCAGAUAUUGGUCACCUGCGAGUGUUCCUUCAGCUCCAGAAUGGUACAUCAUACAGAAUCUGGGACCUGUAUGGAGACCAGGGCUCACAGAACUGGAGGCAAGGAAAAGUGGCUUUCUACAGUCCAACACCAUACACUUUGAUAAUUGAAGGACAAAGAGGAAAUGGCUAUAAAGGAGACAUAGCUAUUGAUGAUAUUUCUAUUACUGACUCAAACUGUCCCAUAACACCACCCGCAGCAUCUACUCCACAAUCCUUUACUCAGGCGCCGGUCUCAACAACAGUUGCUACCACUCCAGCAGCAUCAGCGUCGCCAUUUGACUGUAAUUUUGAGAGUGGAAUCUGCUCCUACAAUCAAGAUAAAACUGACCGGUUUGAUUGGACCAGAGCGAACGGACCAACGGGAACAGUGAACACGGGUCCCUCAACUGACCACACCUUCGGGAAUGCUACUGGACACUAUAUGUUUAUUGAGGCGUCCAGUCCAAGGCGGCCAAAUGACACCGCUCGUCUGAUUUCUCAAACUGUGACCAGGACCACUGGAGCGUGUCUGCGGUUCUGGUACCACAUGUAUGGAACACACAUCAACACUCUAAAUGUCUACACCAAGACUGGUGGUCAACUUGGAAGCCCAAUCUGGAGCCACACUGGAACGCUUGGAAACAAGUGGAAUCAGGCUGUAGUGAAGAUAGCCAGUAACCUGAACUUCCAGCUGGUGUUUGAGGGAGUCCGGGGUACCAGUUACCGUGGUGAUAUAGCCAUUGAUGACAUCACAUACUCCUAUCAGCCCUGCCCAACAGGAACAGGUUACAGUUGUAACUUUGAGGAUACAAAGAUUUGUGGCUUCACCAAUGUGCGUGGUAAUGACACGUUUGAUUGGACCAGAUAUGCAGGAAGAACAGGCAGCUCUUUCACAGGACCACUCAGUGACCAUACCUAUGGAACAGCAAGAGGCCACUAUAUGUACACUGAGUCUAGUGCCCCUCGUCGCCGUGGAGACAAAGCGUGGCUGGUCAGUCCAGGGUAUCCCACCACCAUAGGAUCCUGUCUCAACUUCUACUACCACAUGUAUGGCAGCAACAUUGGAACGCUCAAUGUGUAUCUAAAGACUGAUUCUGGUUCCCAAAAGCUUUGGAGUAAAAAUGGUAACCAAGGUAACAAGUGGUUGCUAGCGCAGACAACCAUCCAGUCGCCAAGCAGCAAUUACUCGAUUACUUUUGAAGGAAUCAUAGGAAACGGUUACCGAGGAGACAUUGCUAUUGAUGAUAUGUCUGUUGUCCCGGGAACAUGUACACUACCAGGAAACUGUGACUUUGAGGGGAAGACAUUCUGUACCUGGGUAAAUUUACACAACGAUGAUUUUGAUUGGUUGGUGGGAAGUGGUAAUACGGCCAGUGCUCUGACUGGACCCACUCAGGAUCACACCCACAAUCAGGACACCUCUGGUCACUAUGCUUUCAUUGAGGCCAGUGCUCCCCGAGUACCAGGGCAUGUAGCACGCCUCCAAAGCUCGACGUUCCAGGCCAGCUCUGCUCGAUGCCUUCACUUCUGGUACCACAUGUUUGGUUCCGGUAUCGGUACGCUGAAUGUCUAUGUUGUCACAGCCAAUGGUAACAAGACGGUGUGGUCGCUGUCUGGAGAUCAGACCAAUCAUUGGUAUUCUGCCCAGGUGGCUGUAACCAGUAACGUACAAUACAAUGUUAUAUUUGAGGGGAUCCGGGGAUCUUCGUACCAAGGAGACUUGGCUAUAGAUGAUAUUACCUUCACCAGCGACAACUGUGCUUUACAACCCACCAAAGCUGAUCCAACAAAACAGAGCACCACUCCACAACCAGUGACCACCACCACACCUGCAGUGAUUACACCAGCUCCAACUGUAUAUGAUUGUAACUUUGACAAAGACCUGUGUAAGUGGACUCAGAUUGUUACUGGGGACCAGUUUAACUGGACUCGGGCUCAGGGUCCCACUGGCUCUGCACUCACAGGACCCACUAAUGACCACACAACUGGCAAUCGUACUGGCUGGUACCUGUUCAUUGAGGCCUCUGCUCCCCGACGACCAGGUGACAAAGCACAACUGGCCAGUCCCUUGAUCUCAGAUGGUCAGUCUCGCUGUCUGAGUUUCUGGUACCACAUGUAUGGCACCCACGUCAACACACUGAAUGUCUACGUCCAGAGUGGGUCUCCAGCCUUAGGCUCUCCUGUGUGGACAAAGAAAGGAACUCAGGGAAAUAGAUGGAUCAAGGCCAAGGUCACCAUAACACCCACCAUGGCGUACCAGGUCAUCUUUGAAGGGGUCAGGGGAAUCAGUUACCGUGGAGAUAUUGCCAUUGAUGAUGUCAGACUGUCCCUGGGACCUUGUCAAAAUAUUGGAGUUGACCCAAUGGCUUGUAAUUUUGAGACAAGCUCUGUCUGUGCCUAUCUUCUGAAGUUACCCACAGAGAGAUUCACUUGGACUUGGCAUGCUGGGGCCACAGCUUCUGCAGGGACUGGCCCUAAGGCCGACCACACACUGGGGACCUCCAGUGGGCACUAUGUCUUCAUGGAAUCCUCUGCCCCUAUGGCCCCCAACAACACUGCCCACCUUAUCAGUCCCCAGUACACUCCCCAAAAUCCUGGAUCCCCCAUCUGUUUGACCUUCUACUACCAAAUGUAUGGACAGAAUGUUGGAGCUCUGAAUCUUUAUCUGACCAAUGGUGGCACCUCUCCUGGAAGUCAACCAAUCUGGAGCCGGAACUUCAACCAAGGACAACCUUGGCACCAAGGACAAGUGACACUCAAUCCAGCGGGAACAUAUAGGGUAAUAUUUGAAGGAGUAAGAGGAAAUGGAUACAGGGGAGACAUAGCUAUUGAUGACAUCUCUAGUUCACCAGGAGCUUGCCAAGUUCUAGGUGCCUGUGACUUUGAAUCAACCUGUAGCUGGUCCAACACUCAAGUGAAUGACAACUUUGACUGGCUGGUAUCUAGUGGUAGGACCACCAGUGGAUUUACUGGUCCUCCGUUUGACCACACUUUCCAGAACUCCUCAGGACACUACAUUUUCAUUGAGACAAGUGCCCCGAGAGUUCAAGGAGACAAAGCUAGAUAUGUCAGUCAGGCCUUCCCUGCCCAAACUAAUGCUGCCUGUCUGAGUUUUUACUUCUACAUGUACGGAGCAGACAUUGAGUCACUUAGUGUGUACGUCCUAACCAACACCACCUCGGAUUCCACGACCAGUGAAGCACGACUGUGGCAGCUGAAUGGACAGAGCGGAAACUCGUGGCAGCAGGGUCAGAUGAAUAUUCCCAGUCAGUACUCCAGUAAACCCUUCCAGCUGAUGUUUGAAGGCGUGCGAGGGAAGGGCUACCGAGGGGAUAUAGCCGUGGAUGACAUCACAGUGGAUCUGACGUCAGGCUGUAUAACUACUCCAGACAUUGCAGUAGUGGGAUAUGAUGUUGCAUGUAAUUUUGACUACAAUGGCAUCUGUAACUGGAAACAGAGUACAACUGAUACAUUUAAUUGGUCACUUAACAAUGGCACCACCCCAAGCCAGGGAACUGGGCCCUUAACAGACCACACCCAGAAUUUGGAUCCAAAUGGUGGAAGUACAGUUGGAAACUACCUUUACAUAGAGGCCUCUGGUCGUAAAUACUCAGACAAUGCAGUUCUCCUCUCCCCCAUCAUUCCCCCCACUGGCCUCUCUGGCUACUGCUUUUCAUUCUGGUACCACAUGUUUGGACCACAGAUAGGGGUUCUCAGUGUCUACAGCAUGAUAGGGGGCAAGAAGAUCCUGCAGUUCACCAAAGGAGGGACCCAGGGCAACCAGUGGAAACAAGCACUGAUAAAUGUCAACAGCACAACAGACUUCCAGCUGAUGAUCCAGGCAUUUGUUGGUAAUGGCUGGGCGGGAGACACAGCAAUAGAUGACAUUCAGUUUGACAAUAAACCCUGUCAAAGUGUCGACACCUCAACUCAUUGUGACUUUGAAAAUGAUACUUGUGGAUGGAUGCAGGACACAUCGGAUGAUUUUGAUUGGCUGAGACACUCCAACAAAACAGGUAGUUUCGGCACAGGGCCAGUAGGGGAUCACACUACAGGAGCAAGCACAGGCUAUUACAUGUAUAUUGAGGCCUCUCCACCAAGGACAAGUGGACAAAAAGCUCGCUUUGUGAGUCCUGUGCUCCCGAGCUCCAAUGGAGAAUGUCUGACAUUCUAUUACAACAUGAAUGGUAGGACCAUGGGGACACUCAAUGUGUACACACAGACUUCAGGGUCACUGGGCAGCCCAGUGUGGACAAAGUCCAGGAACCAGGGAAGUAAAUGGCUGAUUGCUCAGGUCACUCUGACCAGCUCCAGCCAAUUCCAGGUUGUGUUUGAGGGAGUUAUUGGCUCCUCCUACUUAAGUGACAUUGCCAUUGAUGACGUUUCCAUCGUUCCUGGUGCUUGCCCCGCCCCAGGCUCCUGUAAUUUUGAACAAGGCUUGUGUGGCUACUCUAAUGUCCAGGGAGAUGAAUUUGAUUGGACAAGAACCAAGGGACUGUCCCCCUCCUUUUACACUGGCCCUACUGUAGACCACACCACAAACUCUGGCUCUGGGUACUACAUGUUUAUUGAGAGCAGUAAUCCUCAGAAGCUGGGAGACAGAGCCUGGCUGAAGAGUUCCUCUCUGUCCCCCACCACGGGAAAAUGUCUGCAGUUCUGGUACAGCAUGUAUGGCAGUGGAAUUGGAACCCUUAACAUAUACUUAGUUUCUGGAUCAGCCAAUCGGACAAUAUUCACAGCCUCAGGUAACAAGGGCAAAGGUUGGUUCCAAGGUCAGGCCACCAUAACGACGAACUCUGCUUACAACAUUGUGUUUGAGGGAGUCCGGGGAACUGAUUACCAUGGAGACAUUGCCCUGGAUGAUAUCAACUUAUUGGACGGAACCUGCAAUCUACAGCCUAACACUACAACCGUGUCCACUCCACCCACCCCUGGACCUACUGCAGCUCCUCUGUUGACUUGUAACUUUGAGAGAGACCUUUGUAACUGGCAACAAGACAAAACAGAAAACCUGGACUGGACCAGAGACUCAGGGGGUACAGCAUCCAGUGGAACAGGGCCCUCGUUUGAUCACACAACAGGUGGAAAGAGUGGCUACUACAUCUACACAGAAGCCAGUGUAAAUAACAACAAGACAGCUCGUUUGUUGAGUCCUCCUCUGUCUGUUUCCACGACGGUCUGUGUGAACUUCUGGUACCACAUGUACGGGGCUAAUAUCAACAGGAUUAACCUGAGACUGAAGCAUGCUGGGACGCUCGGCCAGCCACUGUGGACAAAGAUCGGAAAUCAGGGAAAUCAAUGGUUUAAUGCUAAAGUAGAUGUACUACCUCAGAAUGGAGACUUGGUUGUGUUUGAAGGCAUCACAGGACGUGGUUACCAAGGAGACAUGGCACUGGACGACAUCUCUGUUCUCAAUGGACCCUGCAACAACGCUCUCUCAACCUCCUGUGACUUUGAGGAUGCCAACAUUUGUAACUACCAACAGGAUCCUACGGACAAUUUUGAUUGGACUAGACAGGCAGGAAGAACCGGCUCCACUGGAACAGGGCCAUCCAGCGAUCAUACUUACGGGACCAUAGCUGGCCACUACAUGUUUACCGAGUCCUCAGCACCCCGAGUACAGGGAGACAAGGCUCGACUUCUGAGUCCCCAGUACCCCGCCACUAAUGGCCAGUGUCUGACCUUCUGGUACCAUAUGUACGGACUCUCCAUAGGAACCCUCAAUGUCUACACUAGCUCCUACAACAAACUUAGUGCCCCUCUCUUUACACUGUCUGGUGACCAGGGCAACCAGUGGCGCCAAUCUCAGAUAACAAUACAAGUACAGGGAGCAUACAAGAUUGUGUUUGAAGGAGUCAGAGGAAGUGGUUAUAAAGGAGACAUAUCCAUUGAUGACAUCAAACUGACCCCAGGAGCUUGUCAAGGAUUGGCUAGUUGUGACUUUGAAUCUGACCUCUGUGGCUGGAACCAGAGACGAGAUGACAAAUUUGAUUGGAUAAGACGUUCAGGCCACACCCCUUCAUUACUGACUGGUCCAGGAGUUGAUCACACCAUAGGAUCUUCAUCAGGUUUCUACAUGUAUAUUGAGUCCAGUUCACCCAGAAAGGCAGGAGACAAUGCGAUCCUCUCCUCCCAGAUCAUUCCUGUGGCCCCCUACUGCUUCAGGUUCUGGUAUUACAUGUAUGGAGCCAAUGUGGGUAGCCUCAAUAUCUCUCAGGUCAUGUCUGGAACCCCUACCUACAAAAAUCAGGUGUGGAGUAUCAGCGGGAACCAAGGCGCCCAGUGGAAGCAGGGCAACGUCAGCAUGAGUAAUGCUUAUGCACCUUUCUAUAUCUAUGUAGAGGCUGAUAUUGGUGAUGGUAACCAAGGUGAUAUAGCAGUGGAUGAUUUCAUUCUAGACAAUUUCGAAUGCUCUGCAGAGCCUAACACAAAUGGCAGCUACUCAUGUAAAGAUCCUCUGAACACAAAGAUUCCACAAUCCAAAGUCUGUAACUUCAUCAGGGACUGUUCCAAUGCUGCAGAUGAAUCAAAUUGUGGUGCCUGUGACUUUGAGCAGGACCUCUGUUCUUGGGUAGCCUCAGGGACAGGGUCAUUUGGCUGGAGCCGAGGGGGAAACCAGACUGCCACAGCAAAUACUGGACCCAGAUAUGACCACACCAUUGGAAAUUCUGCAGGACAUUAUCUGUACAUUGAUGCCAGUCUGGGGUCCUUUACAAGUCAGGCCGAGCUUAUUGGACCCACACUACAUGCCUGUAGCUCCACCUGCCAAUUCCAGAUGUGGUACAACAUGUAUGGCACAGGUAUAGGUAAAUUACGUGUUCUGAUAAGAGAAGGCAACAGAGACACAGAGAUUUGGAGACUUCAAGGUAACCAGGGACGAAACUGGAAGAAAGCAACCAUUGACAUUGGACGUGUGGAUAGAGCAUUCACGCUUGUGAUACAAGCCACACGAACUUACAGUGUCCAGGGAGACAUUGCCAUCGAUGACCUUCAACUCAUCAACUGCAAUUAUCCAGCCCCCCAGGCGUCCUGUCCCUCCCCCUACCAGUUCCACUGUAAAGUCAACAAAGGAUGUAUAGCCAACAACCAGAGGUGUGACUUCAACGACGACUGUGGAGAUGGCUCAGAUGAAGAUCCCGCUACGUGCUCAAACUACCCUGCCUCCUGUAACUUUGAGAGCAGCCUCUGUAGUUGGAUGCAGGAUAAAACGGACAAAUUUGACUGGAUUAGAGCAAACGGUCACACCGCCACCUACGGAACAGGUCCCUCCAGAGAUCACACUCGGGGUACAGCCUCGGGCUAUUACAUGUUUAUUGAGUCCUCAGCACCACGAAGACGAGGAGACAUGGCCCGUCUUAUAAGUCCCCUGUUUAAGGCUGUUCCUCCCAAUAAUAAUCCAAACAUCUGUGCUAUUCGAUUCUUCUACCAUAUGUUUGGUCGAGGCAUUGGUUCACUGAAUGUCUACACCAGAGAAACUGUGACAGGACCAAAGAACAAAAUAUGGUCAAAAUCCGGAAAUGUUGGGGACUUCUAUGAAAGAGUUGAUCUUGUAAUCAAUGAGACCAAACCAUUCCAGGUUGUGAUUGAGGGAGUUGUUGGCAGUUAUUUGGGAGACAUUGGAAUUGAUGAUGUUUCUAUGACACCAGGCUGUAUUCUGAUGAAUGGAGUGAACACCCUCCCCUCUGGGUCUCCUCCCCCUGUAACCACACCUAACCCCUGCGGUAAUAAUAGUUUUGCCUGUACCUCGGGAGCCUGCAUCCCGUCCUCCCAGGUCUGUGACUUCACACCUCAGUGUUCUGAUGGAUCGGAUGAGGCCAAGUGUGGUACAUGUACCUUUGAGAAUGGUCAGUGUGGCUGGACCGAUGUCAGCAGUGGACGCUAUAACUGGCACAUCUUCCAGGGGUCCUCCCCCGGUACAGGUGGACCCAAGACUGACCACACCAAUGGCACUGCCGCCGGUCACUACAUGCUGGUAGAGGGAGCCUCGGGAGUGUUCUACAGCCGGGCCCGCAUGGAGACACCACCUCUUGGAGCCACAGGACCUAGCUGUCAUGUGACCUUCUACUACCACAUGUUUGGACUUGGAGCAGGAAACAUUCGUGUUUUGGUUGUCAACACCAAGAAUCCAACUGAUAAGACCUACAUUUUCUCACAAAGUAACAACAUGGGAAAUGGCUGGCAGCUGGGAAGAGCAGAUAUUGGUCAACUUCCUGCAGGAUAUAAGGUUCAAAUUGAAGCCAGUCCGACUAAAUCAUUUGCACCAAAUUCUGGUAUACCUAACUCUGACAUGGCCAUUGAUGAUGUGGUUUUCCAGCAAUGUAAUCCGGUCACCAUCUUCAAUGCAUCAACCAACGCUCUGAAUUGUACAUUUGAGUCUGGAUGGUGUGGAUACACACAGGACCAGAAGGAUGAUUUUGAUUGGACGAGAACUAACAUCAGUUCCCCCACUGUAGGAACAGGGCCUGAUCGGGACCAUACGUCAGGAAAAGGAUUCUACAUCUACAUGGAGACCUCAGCCCCUCGCCGCCCGGGUCAAAGGGCAGUUAUCUCGUCAGGUAUAAACAAAGCCACGCCUCUCACUGGAAUGUGUCUGAGAUUCUGGUACCACAUGUUUGGAGCUCACGUCAACACGCUGAAUGUCUACCAGCAAACUCCCAGUGGGAACCAAUCUCUGAUCUGGACUCGAUCUGGAACCCAGGGAAAUGUCUGGAAACAGGGUCUACAAACUGUCAAGAGCUCUCAGCCAUACGAGAUUGUUUUUGAGGGGGUUGUAGGAAGUAGCUGGCAAGGAGACAUAGCAUUAGACGACAUCAGUGUUGUCACUGGACCUUGCCCCCCUAAACGAACCUGUGACUUUGAGGCUGGAUUCUGUGAUUGGACACAGGACUUCAAUGAUCAAUUUGAUUGGACGAGACAGAGAAAUGGUACGCUGUCUAGAUUUACAGGCCCUCCUUAUGAUCACACCACAGAGAGCCAGUAUGGAUACUUUAUCUACAUUGAGUCCUCUGCCCCCAGGAGACAGGGGGAUGCUGCCAGAAUUGUCAGUGGUGUUUUCCCUCCCACCCCCAAUGGAGACUGUCUACAGUUCUGGUACUACAUGCAGGGUAACAACACAGGGAAGCUGAAUGUCUAUCUCCGUCCUAACGACGGUUCCUCCGACCGACUGCUGUUCCAGAGGGUGGGGAACCAGGCAGUAGAACUCUGGCUCUACCAGUCUCAGACCAUCUAUUCCAAUUCUGUGUACCAGAUUGUGUUUGAGGGAGUUAUAGGUAACGGGUACAUGGGAGACACUGCUCUGGACGACAUCAAGAUUCUGCCGGGUAAAUGCUCCCCACCUGGCUACUGUGACUUUGAGACUGACACCUGUGGGUACAGUAACACACGAGCAGGAGAUGAUUUUGAUUGGCUGAGAAGUGCCGGUGCCACCCUGACAGCUAACACUGGUCCCACUGUAGAUCACACAACAGGCUCAGAUAGGGGAUUCUACAUGUUCAUUGAGACAACUGGUAGAAAUCGUGGCCAGAGAGCCUGGUUCUACAGUCAGUAUUUCCCACCAACCACCAGUUCCUGUAUCAGCUUCUGGUAUAACAUGAACGGACCAAAUGUGGGUGCCCUUCGUCUGUACAAGCCAGACCCCACCAGGACAGUAAUGUUAUGGAAUGCCACAGGGAACCACCAGAAUAUCUGGCUACACGCCAAUGUCGAUGUCAAAAGCUCCACAUGGUUCCAGAUCACUUUUGAUGGAGAAGUUGGAAAUGGCUUUGCUGGAGACAUUGCUAUUGAUGAUGUUUCAAUCCUGAAUGGAACAUGUGCAUCACAAACCACUGCCAUGACAACACCAAUGAUAGCAUCUACUGUGUCCUAUCCUCCCUCUAUGUAUGACUGUACAUUUGAUGGCCCCCACCCCUGCCAGUGGACCCAGGAACAUAAUUCUGACAUAUUUGAUUGGACGACUCAUUCUGGGGGAACCUCCUCGGGUUUUACUGGUCCCAAGUCUGACCACACUCUGCAGAACAAUCAGGGUCAUUACAUUUAUAUUGAGACCAGUUCCAGACAUCCCAAUGACACUGCCCAGUAUGUGAGUCCACAGAUGUCUGUAGACAAUACCGGAUCCUGUGUCAAGUUCUGGUACAAUAUGUAUGGAUCAGACAUCAACAGACUCAAUGUGUAUGCCAAAUUAAAUGGUAAUCUGGGAACACCCGUUUGGACAAAGAUUGGAGAUCAAGGACCGCAGUGGAAGUUUGCCUCAGUCUUCAUCAACUCAGCUGUGCUGAAUCCUCCCAAUCCAUCAACCAUAAAUGUGGUAUUUGAGGGCGUGGUAGGAAAAGGUUACAAAGGAGACAUUGCAGUAGAUGAUAUUUUUGUCAACACAGGAGCUUGCCCACCAUCUGAUACAUGUGACUUUGAAAACAGUGAUUUGUGUGGAUAUAAACAAGAUAAAACCGAUGAUUUUGAUUGGACAAGAAAUACUGGUGGAACUGGAUCAAGAGGCACAGGGCCCAGUUCAGAUCACACUUAUGGAACAAAUGAUGGUCAUUAUAUGUACAUUGAGACCUCGGCCCCCCGACUUCCCGGUCAGAAGGCCCGCCUCCUCUCCCCCACCUAUCCCCCCACCACUGGACGCUGUAUGACCUUCUUCUAUCACAUGUAUGGUGCAGUAGGAACCCUCAAUGUUAGACUCUUCUCCCAGGGAACUCUACAACCUGCCAUCUGGACCAGGUCACGCAAUCAGUACAACAUGUGGAGAAUUGGGCAGGUUACGCUCAACAGCAAUUCCCCCUAUCAGGUUACAUUUGAGGGAAUCAGAGGAAGGUCCUACUUGGGAGACAUAGCCAUUGAUGACAUCAGCAUCAAAGAUGGAGCCUGUCCAGCACCAGGAAGCUGUAACUUUGAGACUGACUUCUGCACCUGGACCAACACAAUGACAGGAGAUGAUUUUGAUUGGUUGAGAAACAAAGGAGCCACUGGUAGCUCCAGAACUGGCCCUUCUGUUGACCACACUGUAGGAAAUGCUAAUGGAUACUAUGCCUACAUUGAAGCCUCCGCUCCAAGAAAGCCAGGUGACAAAGCAGUUUUACAGUCCACCACCCUGAGUGCCACCACUGCUAGCUGUUUCUCCUUCUGGUACUUCAUGUAUGGAGCACAAGUGGGGUCUCUCAGCCUCAGAAAGGAAUUUUUAGGCUCCACCCAGUACGGCACUGCCAUCCCUCUUUGGUCGAUGACCGGCAACACUGGACAGAAGUGGAUCAAAGCCAGUGUCAACAUUACCAGUCGAGUGGAGUACAUCCUGACCUUCACAGGGGUCGAGGGUCAAGGGUUCACUGGAGACAUUGCCAUUGAUGACAUCAGCCUGACAUCUGGAGUCUGCUCUGGAUCAGCUGGACAGAUAUCCUUCAGUUGUGGGGAUGGAACCACCUACACACAGAGUCAGCAGUGUGAUUUCAACAGGGAUUGCACCAACGGAGCAGACGAGAAGAACUGUGGCAAUUGUACAUUUGAUGGAAGCUCAGGACUUUGUGGCUGGUUUGAUAACAGUGCUGGCUCAUUCCGCUGGGAAAGACACAACAAUGGUACAGAGACUGCUAACACAGGACCCUCAAAUGACCAUACCUACGGAGAUGCUACCCAUUAUUACAUGUAUGUAGAUGCCAGCUAUGGAGUUUCCAACUCAAGAGCUGCCUUGAGAGGGCCCACUCUCCAACAAGCCGCUGACACCUGUCAGAUGACAUUUUACUAUCAUAUGUAUGGCACUCGCAUUGGUCGAUUGUACGUCUAUGUGGUCACAGGAGGAGCACCCACACUCCUAGCUAACAUUUAUGGAAAUCAUGGCAACCAGUGGAACAAGUACACUGUCAACAUUGGUCGUAGAACUGCUCCCUUCAACGUUGAGUUCCGAGCCUAUCGCAGCUACACUGUGAUUGGGGACAUAGGAAUUGAUGAUGUGUCUUUUGUGAAUUGUGGACUUCCUCCAGUACAGAGUUCUUGUCCUUCCACCCAGUUCACGUGUCAGCGUGGAUCGUGUGUGGAUAUGUCCCGAGUCUGUGAUUACACUGACGACUGUGGAGACAACUCUGAUGAAACCGGACCAAAUGCUCACUGUGACCAACUCCCAGCUCGAUGCGACUUCUCCACUUCCCUUUGUGACUGGGUACAAGAUAGAGGAGAUAAAUUUGACUGGAGCCGAAGGAAUUCUCCCACUCCAUCAACAGCCACUGGGCCUACAAGAGACCACACCACUGGACUCAGAACUGGAGGGUUCAUCUACAUAGAGUCCUCCAGACCCAGGAGACGAGGUGAUAAUGCUGUACUUCUCAGUAGUAUGUACAACACAGCACAAACCCAGGACCAAUGUAAAGUUACUUUCUAUUACAACAUGAAUGGCCGUACCAUGGGAACUCUGAAUGUGUACACAAUGGACACCAACAACCAUCUCAGUAAAGUGUUCACUGUUUCUGGAAAUCGUGGAGAUAUUUGGGUCAAGACCACAGUCAAUCUCGUCAGUCCAUACCCAUUCCAGGUUCUUCUAGAAGGAGUGGUAGGAAGUGGGUACUAUAGUGAUAUUGCUAUAGAUGACACUGUCUUCAGUAAAGGAUGCAAGAAACUGAAUCAGACUUUUGCCACUGCCAUUACAAUCCCUCCAACUGCUCCAACAGCCAACCCUUGUGGAAGUGGACAGUUCUCAUGUGCUGACAGGUCUACCUGUAUCCCAGCACAGAAGGUGUGUGACUGGAAUGUCGACUGCACAGAUGGAUCGGAUGAAGCCACUUGUGGACCCUGUAACUUUGAGAAUGGAUUGUGUGGAUGGAGAGAUCUUAGCACUGGACGCUACAACUGGACCAGGCACUCAGGCACACAGAACAGUGGGACUGCUGUAGGACCUGUCACUGACCAUAGCACCAAAACAUCUGCUGGCCAUUAUGCUUAUGUGGAAGGAACUUUUGGAGUCUUCCUCAGUAAAGCUGUGCUUCAGAGUCCUGCCCUCCCACCUGCAGCAGACACCUGUGAGAUGUACUUCUACUAUAACAUGAAUGGAAUGCAUGCAGGAAGCUUAAUUGUCAGUGCCCUAGUCAACAACACUAAAACAUCACUCUUCAGAAUCAGUGGACCUCAUGGAUCAGCCUGGCAGAAAGGAACUGCUUACAUUGGCAAGGCCCUUGGAAAGACAACAGGCCAGUUCAGUUUGAUGUUUGAGGUCCUCCCAUCCAGAGGUUUCUCUCCCUCUCCAACUGAUGAUAUAGCUAUUGAUGACAUCUCCUUUGCCAAUUGCUACCCACUUGCUCCACCUCCAAACUUGGCCUGUGAUUUCUCUCAAGAUUUCUGCAACUGGAACCAAGCUCCUGAUGAUGACUUUGACUGGACCAGAACAAAUGGUUCCACCAAGAGUGUUGGAACUGGACCAAGAUUUGACCACACCACAGGGUCAGGGAAAGGAUACUAUGCAUACAUCGAGACGUCUGCACCCAGACAUAGAGGAGAUGUGGCUAUCCUGGACAGCAAUCCCCUGCCUCCCACUCCAUCACAGGGCCAUUGUCUGACAUUCUGGUACUACAUGUUUGGAAACAACAUAGGAAGUCUCAAUAUUUACUUGGUGACAAGCACAAAUAGAACUCUGUUUUGGUCAAGAAAUGGAACCCAAGGAGAUGCCUGGAAAAUGGCUCAGAGACAGAUUAUUUCCAAUACAGAUUUCAAAAUCUCUGUGUAUGGAGUUGUUGGCAAUGGGUAUCAAGGAGAUAUAGCUAUUGAUGACUUCAAUAUUACCACUGGUGUGUGCCCACCAAAACCUGGAUGCGACUUUGAAGAUGGAACCUUCUGUGAUUGGAAAAACUCACUGAUGGAUGAUUUUGACUGGACAAUUGGCCAGAAUGGCACAGCAUCUAUUGGAACAGGUCCACCAUUUGACCACACAUUUGGAUCCAGCACUGGUCACUUUGCCUACAUAGAAAGUUCAGCUCCAAGACACCCGAAUGAUCAAGCCAUUCUCGUCAGUAGGUUCUUAGAUGGCAGUGCUGCUAGAUGUCUCAGAUUCUGGUACCAUAUGUAUGGAGCCAGCAUUGGUUCCCUAAAUGUAUACCAAGGAGCUAAUGGCUCUCAGAUUCCAGAUCAAGUCUGGACAAGAAAUGGAGAUCAAGAGAACAUUUGGAGGAGAGCCACUGUCCCACUGAAGCAAUUACCAGGCAAGCAGUACCAGAUUCUCAUCAAAGGCGUCAGGGGUACAGGAUACCGGGGAGACAUUGCUAUUGAUGAUCUGCUGAUAACAGAUGGUCAGUGCCCUCCAGAUGGAUCCUGUGACUUUGAACAGGACACUUGUGGAUGGACUAAUGCAUUGGCUGGAGAUAACUUUGACUGGCUUAGAGAUUAUGGAGGAACACCAUCUUCUACAACAGGCCCCCAAGUAGACCACACUCUAGGAACUAAAGCAGGUUACUACAUGUACAUUGAAACCUCUGGAAACAACAGGACAGUUGGAGAGAGAGCUUGGCUGAUCAGUGAUAUUCUAACAAGAACCACAGGGAACUGUGUUUAUUUCUGGUAUCACAUGUAUGGAGCAGGUGUUGGAGCAUUGAAUGUAUACAAACAAGACUUCUUCAAUAAGCAGAAAACUUUGGCCUUCAGUCUUAGUGGAAAUCAAGGAAAUGCAUGGCAACAAGCCUCAGUCAACUUUGCCUCUGAUCAUGAGUACACUGUAAUAUUUGAGGGAGUCUAUGGUGGAAAUUAUACAGGAGACAUUGCCAUUGAUGAUAUCCUCAUUACAGCCAAUCCAUGCUCUGCCACCACACCAACACCAGCCAUUUCUAUGGCAACGACUCCUGCAGUGUUCCCUAAAACAGCUGUGGACUGUGACUUUGAGACAGGACUCUGCUCUUGGAACCAAGAUGUUGGAGAUGAUUUUAAUUGGUCAAUAAAGAAUGGAACAACCAGCUCUGGCAACACUGGACCUACAGCUGACCAUACACUGCAGAAUAAUCUCGGUCAUUAUAUUUAUAUUGAAGUAUCAGGAAAGCUUCCAAAUACAACAGCAAGAAUAAUAAGUCCUUCAGUUUAUGUCAAGUCUGCUGGUGUGUGCUUGAAAUUCUGGUACAACAUGUAUGGUGCUCACAUCAACAAUCUCAACCUUUAUGUCCAAAAUGUGUCAUCCACCAAGAAACAGAUACUGUGGAACAAGCAUGGAAGCCAAGGUACAGACUGGAAGUAUGCCCAGGUCCAUCUCCAGAGCCAAGGACAAGUCAAGUUUGUGUUUGAAGGUGUAGCGGGUGUCAGCUACCAGGGAGAUAUUGCUCUGGAUGAUAUCUCACUGAACCAAGGCCUGUGUCCAGGGUCCCCAACUUGUGACUUUGAGGAUGGCAUGUGUGGAUAUACUCAAGAUGUCUCUGAUCAGUUUGACUGGACACUGCAUUCCUCUCGUACAGUAAGUUCAAGCACAGGACCAGCAAGUGAUCAUACAUAUGGCACAUCACAGGGCCAUUAUGUGUACAUUGAAUCAUCUGCUCCCAGGAGAAUGGGUGACAAAGCAAGAAUUGAUAGUCCUUCCUUCCCAGCUACUACAGGCACUGGAUCCUGUCUUACCUUCUGGUACAGUAUGUAUGGACGUAGCAUUGGUUCACUGAAUGUCUAUCUCAAACAAGGAACUUCCAGCCAGCUUCGGGCUCCUGUUUGGACCUUGUCAGGAAAUCAAGGCAGUAGUUGGAGAAUUGCACAAACAACUAUUAACAGUCCAACAUCAUUUAGACUGACUUUUGAGGGAACGGUGGGCAGUGGAUACCAAGGAGACAUUGCUAUUGAUGAUAUCAAUCUGGUCAGUGGAGCCUGCCCACCUCCAGGAAGCUGUGACUUUGAGAAGAAUCUGUGUACAUGGACCAAUGUCCGAGGUAAUGAUACAUUUGAUUGGGAGAGACAUAAGGGAAGAACGAAAAGUUUUGGUACAGGACCAUCCACAGAUCACACACUGAAGACCAUCUAUGGCUCCUACAUGUACAUUGAAGCUUCUGCUCCAAGAACACAUGGUGACAAGGCAUGGCUAGCCUCCCAAACGUUUGAAAGCUCAAAGACCCCUGUCCGCUGUAUAACUUUCUGGUACAACAUGUAUGGUACUGGUAUAGGAACCCUGAAUGUCUAUCAAAAUUUCUUCAUGUCUAAUCCAAAACAAGUGUUCACACUCUCAGGCAAUCAAGGACAGGGCUGGAAACAAGGAAGCGCUGAGCUGACAUCUACCAAUGGUCAAGACUACCUGAUCCUUAUUGAAGGAGUAGUGGGCAGUAUCAUGGGUGACAUUGCUAUAGAUGAUAUUUCCAUCACUUCAGGACACUGUACCACACCAACAGUGAACCCCACCUGUCCCUUCCAGUGCUCCAAUGGACAAUGUUUGAAGAGCAUUAAUAAUGUUUGUGACUUUAACAGUGAUUGUCCAAACGGUGAAGAUGAAUCAAAUUGUGGCUUUAACUGUGACUUUGAGAAGAAUCACCCAACAUGUAAAUGGAAUAGCACAUCAUCAGGAUUCCAAUGGAUGACUUCCAGUGGGUCUUCCUCCUCUCAAAAUACAAACAAACCCAGCACUGACCACACAACUCUAGGACCAAAUGGCUACUACAUGUAUGUGGCCCCCAAGGCUGGAGUGUAUAGUCGAUUAGCUGAUCUAACAAGCCCUGUUAUUGGUCAGUCAUCAAGCACCUGUCAACUGUCUUUCUGGUAUCACAUGAGAGGCAGCCAGUUCCUUCGAGUUUAUCUCAAAGAGUUGAGUGGUUUUACAAGAACUCAAAUUUUCUAUCUGUAUGGAGACCAAGGAAAUGUUUGGAAACAGGCUAUUAUUCCCAUCGGGAGAGUGCAUUCCCAAUUUCAGAUCAUAAUCUCAGGACAAAGAACCUACAGUGGUGUGGGUGACAUUGCAGUGGAUGAUAUAAAUUUCCAGGGUUGUGCGUUCCCAACAUCCACUGCCUGCAACUCGUUUGUGACAUUUAAAUGUGCCAGUGGAGCCUGUGUAAACCAGAACCGAGUGUGUGAUUAUUCCGAUGACUGUGGAGACAACACAGAUGAAGCAAAUGGUACUUGUGCUGGAUAUAACAGAUGUAACUUUGAGAAAGGACUCUGUGACUGGACUCAGCUUACAGAUGACGACCUAGACUGGACUCUCCGCGCUGGUCCAACUCCAUCUGCCGGUACUGGGCCUACCAAAGAUCACACUCUGAACACAAAUACAGGACAUUACCUCUACUUAGAAACCUCCAGGCCAGUCGCACAAGGACAGAAAGCCAGAAUCGCAAGUACAGCCUUCCAGCAGUCCUCAUCAUCACCGUACUGUCAGUUCCGCUUCUUCUACUUCAUGUAUGGCAAAACAGUGGACACCCUUACAGUCUAUUACAGAAAUCAGAUUUAUGGACCACUGUUUAAAGUUUUCUCUGUACAUGGCAAUGUUGGUUCUUACUAUGCCAGACAAGUGGUCAACAUCAGAUCCUCCUCUCCAUUCCAAGUGGUGAUAGAAGCCACAGCAGGAGCAAGCUAUCUGUCAGAUAUAGCCAUUGAUGAUGUUUCCUUCUCCUCCAACUGUCAGGUGUACUACGGGAACUUGCCCCUGGGAACUCCCGCCACUACUGUCCCCACUUCUCCUGGCCCCUGUAAUGGAGGUCACCAGUGUGGGGAUUCUAGCUGUGUGCCCUGGUACCAAGUCUGUGACUUCGUUUCUCAGUGCUCUGAUGGAUCAGAUGAAGCAGCCUGUGGACAGUGUAACUUUGAGAAGUCAAGCUGUGGGUGGAUUCCUAUCCCUGGUGGAAGAUACGCCUGGAAGAGACACAAUUCCUCCACUCCAACCUCUUUCAAUACACCUCAAAAUGAUCACACUUACGGAACAAGUCAAGUUGGAAACUACAUGUACAUUGAUGCCUCCUCAGGUUCAUAUGCAACAGAUACUAGAUUAGUCUCCCCAGUGUAUGGCAAUCUGAGCUCCACAUGCAGUAUAUCAUUUGCUUACUACACCAAUGUAGGGCCUUUCAGCAGACUUAAUCUCUACCUGUAUCCUCCCCACUCUGACCCAACAACUGCUAGCAGCAGACUUUUCUACAGAUUAUGGACAUCCUCAAGCCUUGUGGGCCGUCAAUGGCAGAAUGCCACAGUAGGAAUAGGAAACCGAGACCCAGGCUACAGACUCGCUUUUGUAGCAAGAAACUUUGACAGAAAUAGGGGAGGUAUAGCCAUUGAUGAUGUGGUCUUUAACACUUGUGCUCUACCAGCUGUAGGACAGUGUGCUUCCAAUCAGUUCAAAUGUCGUAGAGGAGCUUGUGUGGACAUGACCAGGAAAUGUGACUUCUCUAAUGACUGUGGUGAUAAUUCAGAUGAGGUGGGAUGCAGUAGCUAUGUUGAAAGAUGCAACUUUGAAAGUGACAUCUGUAACUGGCAACAAGACAUCAAUGACAUGUUUGACUGGACCUGGAAACAAGGUGCCACAGCCACUGCAGGAACUGGACCAAACUUUGACCACACCUUUGGAAACUCUACUGGACAUUACAUCUACAUAGAGACCUCAUCCCCCCGUGUACAAGGUGAUAAGGCACGCCUUUUGUCCCCAGUGUUCCAAGCCAACUCCCAGGCUGGUCAGUGUCAGAUGAGAUUCUUCUAUCACAUGAAUGGAAUAGAUGUUAAUGCACUGAAUGUAUACCUAGAAAAUUAUGAAAUGGGACCAAGAACAGCAGUGUUCCAGAAGACUGGUUCUCAAGCUGAUAUGUGGCUUCGUGCUAUGAUUGAUCUAACCAGUAAUCUUCCUUUCAGAGUUGUGAUUGAAGGCAUCCGUGGAAAGGGUUAUCAUGGGGACAUUGCUUUAGAUGAUGUAUCCUUCACUAGUGGCUGUAAAGUGGCCAAUUCAUACCAUCUUCCUCAAGCUCUCACCACCAUUGGUCCAUGUGGAGCUGGAAAGGGCCAGUGUAGCAAUGGACAGUGUAUCAAGGCUACCAUGUUCUGUGACUUCAAGGUAGAUUGCAGUGAUGGAAGUGAUGAACAGUCUUGUCCCAGUACAUGUAACUUUGACAAUGGACAGUUCUGUAACUGGCAGAAUGAUCUAAACACGAACACCCUUAACUGGACAAUAGGAAGUAACAACAACCCAGCACCCAGUCCAGCAACAGACCAUACUUCAGGUUCUGCUGCAGGAAAGUUUGCUCUGGUCCAAACUCAGUCUUCAACUACCAGUCGCAAGAUUGCUCGACUGGUAAGUCCAAUGUACUACCAAGCAGGAACAGCUUGUACUUUCACAAUGUGGUAUAACUCAAAUGGAACAGGAAUCACUCAUCUUGGAGUUUAUUUCACUCAAGGAGAAAGUUACAGAAAUAUAUGGACCAUGACUGGCACUCAACUCAGAGCCACCCAAAGAGUUUGGACAAAAGCAACUGUGGAACUACCGAAAUGUCCAAUGAACUUUAAGGUAACCAUUGAAGUGGCUACAUAUGGAAGACAAACCAACUAUGUAGCCAUUGAUGACUUAGCCUUCACACAGUGCCACUAUUUGCCUCCAACUUCCUCAUGUUUGCUUGGACAAUUCACCUGCAGUUCAGGAAAUUGUGUACCACAGAAUCUCAAAUGUGAUCUCCAGACAGACUGCUGUGAUGGAUCUGAUGAAAGUCCAAGCACCUGUGCAGGAUAUCAACAAUGUAACUUUGAGUAUGGACUUUGUGGAUGGCAACAAUCCACUACUGAUCAGUUUGAUUGGCUGAGACACCAAGGACCAACCAAUUCUUAUGGCACAGGGCCAUCAGGAGAUCACACCUAUGGAUCAAGGACUGGAUACUACAUGUACAUUGAAUCCUCCAGGCCUAGACAAGCAAAUGAUACAGCUCAGCUGAUCUACAAUUUGAAUGUCCCAACAUCCCCUUGUGCAAUGAGACUUUGGUACCACAUGUAUGGUAAAAAUGUUGGUCAGCUUAAUGUCUACAUUAAAACCUUAAACACGGGGACACUUCUUCUAAAGAGCAUUUCAUCCAACCAGAACCAGACCUGGCACAGACUGGAAGUCGCUCUUCAAAGCACAACACCAUACCAGGUGGUGAUAGAAGGAAAGGUGGGAGUAGGAUACCUUGGAGACAUUGCUAUUGAUGACAUAAGCUUCACUCCAGGUUGUGGAUCCGUCAUUCAACCGUUCACUACCCCAGCAGUUUCUACACCAAAUCCAAACACAUGUGGGGAUGGACAAUUCGCUUGUGGGGAUGGUACCUGCAUAUCUAUAUCCAAGGUCUGCAACUUCCAAUCAGACUGUAAAGACAACUCCGAUGAAAACCAGUGUCCACUAACAUGCAACUUUGAACAAGAUACUUGUGGCUGGCAUGAACUUCCUCUAGAUCAGUUUGACUGGACAAGGGCGAAUGGAGUAUCUACAUCUUCUAACAGGAGCAUGGCUCCAAACACAGACGAUACAUAUAAGAAUCAAAAUGGCUAUUACAUGUACAUCAACGAUCAAACAGGUGGACAAACUAGUGGACUUGCAGCAGGGCUCCAGAGUUCAGCCUUCAAGUCAGCUAAUGCAGACUGUAAGAUAUCCUUUGCCUACUACACAAUUGGUUCAAAGGUGGGAACUCUAUAUUUAUAUGUAGUGGAAAAUAAUGCCUUGACACCUCUAUGGAGAAGGCUGCCCUACCCCGCAUUGGAUGAUCAGUGGCAUAGUGUUACUGUUGGAAUUGGCAGAAGAACCACAGACUUCAACAUGCUGUUCAAGAAGGUUGUGACAGGUUACAGUGGUACUACAGCCAUAGAUGAUAUCAGCUUCACAGACUGCAGGAUGAGGCCCCCUGUCACCCAGUGUAACACCGUCACCCACUUCUGGUGCUCCAACAAAGUGUGUAUCCCCAAGAACAAGCAGUGUGACAAUGUGGAUGACUGCGGGGAUGGAAGUGACGAGGGAAGUCUGACUUGUAAUGGCUACACACGCUACAACUUUGAGGUGGGAACCGGAAAUCUGAUCCAGGGACAGAAUGGGGUAGACGAUGACUUUGACUGGAGCUUGUUUGCUGGACACACUCCAUCUACCUUCACAGGACCCCAGUGGGACCACACGUACGGAAACAGCACUGGACAUUACCUGUAUAUGGAAGCCUCGAAACAGAAGUUCAACUCCAAGGCUUGGAUUCUUACAGCUCCAUUCUACCGCACUAAUGGCAGGAACUGUGUGAUGAGGCUGUAUUACUUUAUGUACGGACUCUAUGUCAACCAACUGAAUGUGUAUUCCAGAAUGUACUCGUCUGGUCCUCCAACUCACACCCUCUUCUCAAGGUCUGGUGAACAAGGUGCUUAUUGGCAGGAGGUCAUUCUUCCUCUGAACUACUCUACAGACUUCCAAAUCAUCAUCGAGGCCAAGGUUGGAGAUAACUUCCUGGGUGACAUUGCCAUUGAUGACAUUAGCUUCACCCCAGACUGUCAGGCCUCUUCCAACACCCUCCCAGCCCCACCUGCUGGUCAGUCUACAGUCCGCCCUCCCGUUAGUACUGGACCAUCAAACUGUAACCCGACCAGUCAGUUUACCUGUGUGACAGACAGAAGCUGUAUCAGUAAAAGCCAAGUGUGUGACUUCAGAAAGAACUGUGCUGAUGGAUCAGAUGAAGCCCAGUGUGUGCCCACAUUCUGUAGUUUUGACAACGGCACCCUGUGUAACUGGAGAAUCAAUGCCUCUCACUCUACGGCCCCUGAUCAGACCUACAAAUGGAAGGUGGACACGGCCGGUACAGCCGCACCAGGAGACUACAGACCUACAGAGGAUCAGGCAGGAUUCAGAGGAGGUUGGUAUGUGUGGGCUGACAGCUCCCCUGGUUCCUUCAGAGAUACCACUGAGUUGUACACACCCAUGAUAGGACAGACCGGUCCUCAAUGUAAACUAGUUCUGUAUUACUGGAUGCAAGGCCACGCCAGACACUCCAUGGAAAUUUAUGUCAAGAUCAACAACAAAACAGAGCAUCUCUGGGCAGGAGAAGAUGACCAUGGCAAAGAAUGGCAACAUUUGGAAGUGUUCAUUGGACCACGACAGAACUUUAAUUUAGUCAUUCAAGCGCGACGAGGUAGAUCUUACAUUGGGGACCUCUCGGUUGACAGCAUUAACUUCCUCAACUGUCAGCCGCCUGUGGCUCUCCCCCAGGGCUGUCCCGCCAAAACAUUCCAGUGUAACAACGGCUACUGCGUCAAACAAAACCUCAAGUGUGACUACUCCAACGACUGUGGAGAUAACUCCGAUGAAAUUGCCGUUGAAUGUGAUCAAACCUAUAAGGGUCGGUGUAACUUUGAGCAUGGGAUCUGUCCUCAGUGGCAGAACGACCCAUCUGCCAAGUUUAACUGGCAACUCUCAUCAGGUCGUACAGCAAGUGCAGGAACUGGUCCCCUGGGAGACCACACAACAAGAUCUCAAUCAGGAACAUAUCUCUACAUUGAAAGUUCAAGCCCAAGAAAACCAGGUGAUACAGCUCGACUGAACUCAGCCACCAUCAAGGCAGCAUCUCGAGACUGCACACUGAGAUUAUACUUCCACAUGUUUGGAGCCAACAUGGGAACGUUCAACAUCAAGAAGCGAUACAGCUUUGUCACAGAAGAUCUGGAAAUGCUCUACUCCUGGAGUGGUAACCGUGGAGAUUUCUGGUAUCGAUUUGAACAAAACCUGACGACCAGUGAUCCAAGAGACAGUGUAAAUCACUUUUUAUUCCGUGUAAUUAGAGACUUUCGCGAUUCUCGCGUAUAA